AUGUCAUCAGCAACAGCGCUGUGCUGCACUUUGUCGCCAGAAGAAAUAGAGUUUCUGGCGGAAAAUAUGAAAAUAGAAAUUGUUCCUUUGGAAACCAUGGACCAGCUCCCACUCAUCAGUUGCACGAUACCCGUAAUGAAACCUCCUAGAAAGCUGAAAAUCCCUCUCUGGUUGGCAUUGAAAUUGAAAACUCAAGGCCGUGCAAGAAUCGUGCCGCCAGAAUGGUUGAAUGUAGCAACAUUAGAGCAGCUCCGCAACGAGGAGAUUGAGCAGGAUGCGUUCGCUCCGCUUCCUUUCCAUUGGCUUGAAGUAGCACAAAUGCUGCUUCGAGACUGUGCUGACGACAUGGAAGACGUGGAGCAGAUUCAGCGAUUGCUUCUAGAGUUGCGUGAAGCUCGGCAAAACAAGGCCCGCAAAGGUUUGGAGGCAGUAAACGAAGUACAGCUGGGCGUCGAUAAUCUAGGAGCCAUGGAAAUUAACGAAAUCCGGCCCUUUUUUACUCAAAUCAUGAAUCGGAUGCAGAAAGUCGUGCAGGCAUCGAAGGAGGGAGAGUGA